AUGUAUGGUAUUUCCACUGGUUCAAGGGGGAACCACGAUAUUGCCACGGCUAAACCUUCCUUGCAAAGCCCUCUGGUUCCAGUGAGGGUUCAAGUUUUAUCAAAUCAAUGGAAAUCCUCCCCAUUUCUUAAGAGAAGCAAUUUUCAUUUGGGGUACCAGGAGAGCCACUGUGGAAAACUCCAGGUUAGAGCUGUUGCAACCUUCGAGCCAAAGUGCUUGAUUCCAAAACAAGAUGGACUCAACAAUAAGUUACAACUCUUUGGAGAUUCAAUCCCUUCAUCGACUCAGCCCGAACCUUUGGAGAUCGGAGACUCGGAUGAUGAAUUGGACGAGAGGGAAAAGUUAAGGCGGGAUGGUUUCUUCGGUCUCGGUUCCCUGCCUAGGAUCUCUUCGCUAUUGAAAACAAACCACCAAAGCCAAAAUCAAAGGGUUUCUUUGCCUCUUCCUCAAACUUCAAACGUUACUUCCAAAUCUUGCUUGGCAUUUGGAUCUUCAAUACGAGUACCUGCAUUUUCAGCUUCUCAGUGGAUUAAUCGUAAGCAAACUACAGUCUUCACGAGUCAUGCGCAACUUAACGAGGUUGCAGAGUUAACGUCGAAUUCUGUAGCAGCAAUCAACACGAAACCUAAAGUUUCAUCGCCUAAGGAGGAUGGUAAGAAACUAGCAGAGACUGCUAUUUCGGAUGUUGUAGCAAUCUCGGCAUUAAUGGAACAAGUAUUGGGCCUUGUUAAACUUGUUGAUUCACGAGAUAUUAUAGAGUUACAACUGAAGCAAUCGGAUUGUUAUCUUGAUGACGAGGAAGCAAACGACACCGAGGAUUUUCUUCAAGCACGUGCUCAAAUGGAGAAGGAACGUGGGAAUCUGUUGAAGGCUCUUGGCACAUAGGUCAUCGAGCCACUAAGAGCAAUGGUAAUGGGAGCUCCUUCGGAAGAUACGCGACAUCUUGCUCAACGUUAUGACAGAAUGCGACGAGAAGCGGAAGCACAGGCAAUCGAAGUUUCGAAACGCCAAGCAAGAGUGAGGGAAACGCUUGGAAAUCCCGAGAACGUCAUGAAAUUGAAAUCUGCAGAAACAAAACUGCAAGAUCUAAAGUCAAACAUGGCAAUAUUGGGGAAAGAAGCUACUGUGGCAAUGACCACUGUUGAAGCUCAACAACAGAGGUUAACACUUCAGAGACUUAUUGCUAUGGUUGAAGCCUCUGUAAGCGAAGGCAAAUAUCAAUUGAUGAAGGCACUAUAGUGGAUGGAAUUUCAGGUAUUAAUCCGAAACCAGUUUUGCAAAACCAAGGAGCCAACCAUGAC